ACCUGCAAAAAAAAGUUCACGGAAGACCAAGCAGGCAGAGGCAAAAAAGAAACAAGUACCCAGGAGGCGGCCACUGCUGACCAAGCCCGUGGAUGAUGUCUACCUGACGUGGCAUUAUGAGCGCCCAUCCUAUGAAGUGGAAAAGGCUGUGGGGAUGCUAAAGAAAUUUCAGGAGCUGGACUUCACGUACCCCAAACAGUUUGUCUAUAUUAAUGCGUUCCUAGAUAUGGCACUACAGAAGAAGAAAAAAGUGGAACCAUUUACAAGCACUGUUCUUCUUCCAUAUCGCUUUUCAGAUCAAACAAAUAAGGUCUUGGUUUUCACAGAGAAUGAGCAAGAAGCUGAACUAGCUCGAGAGAACGGAGCUGCUGUUGUGGGAGGAGUUGAAUUAAUCAAAUGGAUUUUGGAAGAUGAAAUCCAAGCAGACUCUUACAUAGCUGUUCCUGAAAUAAUCCCUAAGCUAAUACCAUUAAGGAACAAACUCAAACGGAAAUAUCCAAGUACAAAAAGAAAUUCCCUGGGCCAUGAUAUUCUCAAAAUGCUGCAACUCUACAGAGACGGUCUUGAGUACGCGGUACAAGACGAGUGUGUAAUCAAGACAAGAAUAGCAAGACUGGAUAUGCCUACUGAGCAGAUAAUUGCGAAUCUAAAAACAGUUAUCAAUGACAUCUGCACAUUCAAGCCCUUGACUUAUGGUCCUUUGGUGCAGAGGUUGGUGAUUAGAUCUUCCACCAGUGAAGGUUUGCUAUUGAACCUUGAUGGACUUCUGCCUCAGGUGGAGAAAGUAGAAGAAAAAGAAGAAGAAAAAGAUGCGGAAGAUAAUGAAGAAAAACAUGUCCCGGAAUCUGCUAGUACCUGA